UCAUUCUUUCUUUAUUCUUCCAUUACCAUGUCUAAAAGCUUCACCAUCGAAGAAGUCACCAAGCAUAGACAGCCGGAUGAUUGCUGGGUUAUCAUCCAUGAUAAAGUCUAUGACUUGACUAAAUUUCUCAACGAUCACCCUGGUGGAAAGAAGGUCCUCUUAAAGGCGUCGGGUGCCGAUGCAACCAAGCAGUUUGAAGCCUUCCACAACGCUGCCGUAUUGGAGAAAUACGGCGCUGAUUUACUUAUUGGCCAGAUCGGUCAACCGGAAGAAGAAGAGCAAGAAGAAGAACUAAAAGAUACCAACCCACUCAUGAUGGGUGACGGCUUUGGCGACAUGGUGCCUUUUGGAGAUCCAAUGUGGUACCAGGAUUGGCACAGUCCCUAUUACAAGGAAUCGCAUCGCACGGUUCGCAAAGUGGUUCGUGAAUUCGUUGAAAAAGAAAUCAUGCCCUUCUGUCACGAAUGGGAUGAAGCCAAGGAACUCCCGCGUUCUAUUUUCACCAAAGCUGCCGAAGCCGGAAUCUUGGCAGCUUGCGUUGGCCAUGUUCCUCCGGAAUUGAUGCCGUACCCGUUGCCCGGUGGUUUAAAGCCCGAAGAAUUCGACCCUUUCCACCAUGUGAUUGUCGUGGACGAAUUAUCACGUUGUGCUUCGGGCGGGGUGACCUGGGGUAUGAUUGGCGGACUGGGUAUUGGAUUGCCGCCUAUUCUUCAUUUUGGCUCAGAGGAAUUGAAACAAAGAGUGGUAAAAGACUGCUUAGCCGGCAAGAAGAACAUUUGUUUGGCGAUCACUGAACCUUCCGGCGGGUCGGAUGUGGCCAAUCUUCAAACGGAAGCCCGCGAUGCUGGUGAUCAUUACAUCCUCAACGGCGAAAAGAAAUGGAUUACCAAUGGUACAUUUGCUGACUACUUUACGGUGGCUUGUCGUACCGGUGGCGAAGGAUUUGGCGGGAUCUCGUUUUUGCUGGUGGAACGUACCAUGCCCGGUGUAACGACACGCCAGAUGAAAUGUUCAGGCGUGUGGCCGUCCGGUACGGCGUAUGUGACUUUUGAAGACGUCAAGGUGCCCAAAGCCAACCUUAUUGGCAAGGAAAAUAAGGGAUUCAAAUACAUCAUGUACAACUUUAACAGUGAGCGCAUGGGUAUCGUCAUCCAAGCCAACCGGUUUGCUCGUGUUUGUAUCGAAGAAUCGCUCAAGUAUGCUCACAAGCGUCAAACUUUUGGCAAGAGACUCGUUGACCAUCCCGUCAUUCGCAACAAGUUUGCCAACAUGAUCCGCAAAGUCGAAGCGACCCAUGCUUGGCUGGAAAUUCUUACAUUUCAAGCCAUGAAUAUGCCUCCUGAUUUGCAACCGCUUCGUUUGGGUGGACCGAUUGCACUAUGCAAAGCGCAGGCAACACGCACCUUUGAAUUCUGUGCACGUGAGGCUGCACAAAUAUUUGGUGGACUAGCCUAUACACGGGGUGGACAAGGCGAAAAGAUUGAACGAUUAUAUCGUGAAGUAAGAGCUUACGCAAUUCCAGGAGGUUCCGAAGAAAUCAUGUUGGAUUUGGGUGUACGUCAAGCUGUUAAAGUGGGUGCUUUUAUGGGGGCUAAAAUGUAACAAGGAAAAACAAAAUCAUAUAAAAAAUCAAAGACAUGCAUUGCAUAAUGUCUUCUUUUUCAU